UGGAGGCGGGGCCCGAUGUAUUCCUGGGAAAGUUGCUCAGUGGCAUGGACUGACUUUGAGAGGGAGCUGGUUCAGAAGAGGACCUUCACCCGAUGGAUGAACCUGCAUCUGGAGAAGUGUGACCCCCCCAUCGAGGUCAACGACCUGUUCAGGGACAUUCAGGAUGGACACAUCCUCAUGGCCCUGCUGGAGGAGAUCUCCGGCUGCAAGCUGCUUCACGGGUUCAAGAGGUCCUCACAUCGCAUUUUCAGACUCAACAACAUCGCCAAGGUCCUGUCCUUCCUGGAGGAGAGGAAUGUGAAGCUGGUCAGUAUCGACGCAGCGGAUGUUGCUGAUGGAAACUCCUCCAUCAUCUUGGGACUCAUCUGGAACAUCAUCCUCUUCUUCCAGAUUAAGGAGCUCACGGGGAACAUCAGGAGCCAGUUCCCCUCCUCCUCCAGCCUGUCGUCCAUCCCCACCAGCUCUGACUCCGACACGUCCUGCAGCGCUCCGUCAGGCGAGAGGCAGGCGGCGGCGGCGGCCAUGCGCGAACACAGCAAGGCCAUCAAAACACUGCUGCAGUGGGUCCAGAAGCGAACACGCAAGUACGGUGUGGCUGUGCAUGACUUUGGGAAGAGCUGGACAAGUGGUCUGGCCUUCCUGGCUGUCAUUAAGUCCAUUGACCCCAGCCUGGUGGACAUGAGGAAGGCCCAUCUGAGGACCACCAAGGAGAAUCUGGAGGACAGCUUCAGGAUAGCCCACUACAGCCUGGGUAUCCACCGCCUUCUGGAACCUGAGGAUUUGACUAUCAAUGCACCAGAUGAACAAUCCAUCAUGACAUAUGUGUCUCAGUUCCUGAAGCACUUCCCUGGCAUAGAGGAGCCGGAGGAGCGCUGCCAGCCGAUCGAACGAAGUGUCUCCAUGGGCCGACUCAACUUCCGUGACAGUGACACCAACCUCAUAAGGAAUAGUGCGUACCGAAGCAGAGUGAAGGAGAGGUCCUACAUGUUCCAGAAGGUCUCUGCCCAAGCCCCACCCAAAAUCUUAAUUUCCUCUGUGUCAGAGGACAGGAGCGCCAUGUCACCCCCCUUCAGACCGCCUACAGCUCGCUCGUGGUCGGUUGAAGACAUCUUAGCAGAUUCCCCCCACAAGGAAGACAUCUCAAGCAGUAUGGUUGAAGAUCCCAAUGAAUCCACCAGUGAGGUCAACACAACUUGUAACUCCCCACAACCGCCUUACAGUCACUCUCCCACAGGCUCAUCGGUGCCCGAGUCCAUAAACACAGAGUCAGUUAUUGGCGACUCUGCAAUCGGCUCGCCAGACUCCUGGAUGGAGAGCGAGUUCGGGGUGAUGCCAGAGAAGUUUUGUGAAAGCCAAAGCGAGAGUUCUUUGUGUGACAGUGGAACGGCCUGGGAUGUGUACCGUGCCACCCCUGUGGAGAUCACUAAUCUAGAUGAAGGAUUUGUCCCUUCCAUGGAGGAUAGAGCAUCUGAUGAGCAGUCGAAUACUGAGUCCUACAUCGAUGAAGGGAUUUAUUCACUGAGCUCGUUGGAGAGCACCAAUGAGAGAAUACAUGGGCAUUCUGAGAAAAAGCAGGAUGAAGUUGUCAAAGUGAAAGAGGAAAACCUUGAGAAUAACAACCAGGAAAUGGUACUAGAACAGGAACCUGAUCAAAGCAUGGAUGAUAUUACGAAAGAAGUAGACUCUAUGGACAUGGAUACAAGUGAGAGCAGAGAGCAAGAACCUUCUUUUGGACUGUGUGAGGCAGAAGAACGGAUUCAUUCUGGUGUUGAACAUCUCCUAAAAACUGAUCAAUCUAAUCAGUCACAACUCAAGCAAACCCUUGUUGAAGAGAGCGCUCAUGGAGACCCGGAAUACUUCGAGAAAGCUGUGGACGUUAAUGGGAAUGCCAAUGACCAUGAAGAACAAAUCAAGGAUGCAACUGCAAGUCAGAAUGAGAGAAAUAACUCUGAGGAGAUUGAAGGGGAAACUGAAUGUCAGAAAAAAGAUAGUCCACAGGAGACAAGAGGAGAGCCAACCGAGGAGGCUGUUGUUUAUAAGGAAAGGGGUGUAGGAAAACAAGAAGAAAGUGAAGGAGUUCUAAGAGAGUACCCAGGUCCUCAAGAAAGCUUAAGCUCAGAGACUUUAGCAAACACACAUCCAUCCAACACAGAUGGAGUUUCAAAAACAAGUCUUGAGCCAAGCAGAGGCAGAGAUCGUGUUGGGGAAGAUGAGGAACAUCAAGCAGAGGGAACUGACGGAGAGGUCAACAGCCCUGAAUUGGAUUGUGAUUCCAAUGACAAUGUUGACAAAGACUCUGUUGAAAGUCCUUCCUGUCUGGUAUCAGAACAUGUUGAACCAACAGAAUCAGAACAAAAAAGGGUCAUAGAAAGUUUGGAUGAACAUGACAUCAGCGGAUCAUCAAAUUCAGUCAUAUGUGACAAUCAAACAGCCACAACACAGCAAAACACUUUAGAUACGGGUAGUGUUUCCACAAACAUGGACCUAUUUUAUACAGACUUUGAUAGAAAUUCCCAUGCAGAGGAUUUAAUCGGUGACUCUAUCGAACCCAUGGAUCUGUUCUACCCAGACAAAGAGGAGCCCAUGUUUACAGAGCUGCCGGAUGUUGAAAUGCAGAGUUGGCCUUCUGUGUUGAGUGUAUCUGCUCUCCAGCCAGCCCCAGCUUCAGAGACUGAUCCUGACCAGCUACUGGACCUGCUGGGUGAAGACUACAGGGAGAGAAUGGAUUCCAUACUAGAGGAUGAUGAGGAGACCAACCAGGAGGCUGAGAAAGAAUCUGAAUCCCAGGAAGCCUGUUCGUUGCCCGGGGAGCCAAUGGGAGGACGGAGGGGUGCUGAUGUUCCAGCAGGCGGCAGAGAUCUCAGUGAGGCUGAGCAGCAGAGCUCGGGCUCGGCCAGGGAAAACACAGAGCCUGUGAGGAGUGACAGUAGGAGCUCCAUCAGACAGGAUGAAAGCCAGAUCCCUCCAGUCCUCCGUCACAGAAAGGGGCCCCGCUUCACUGAGGCCAAGGACAAAGAGACAGCCAGGACUGCAGUGCCCGGAGCAGUGGACAACAGGGACUCUAGUUUGUGGUGCGGUGAGAACUCUGAGCUGUAUGUGCUGCUGCUGCUGCUCUGGCUGCUGCUCUACUGUUUCUUGCUGCUGCCUCAGAUGGACCUGAAGACCCUGCCCAGCCUGCUACUGAACCUGGACCACUGAAAACACACACACACACACACACACACACACAGCUCCACUGCCACUUUCCUGUUCAUUGCUCUGACUGUACUCCAGAUCAAGUGAAGGCGUUUAUGUAUUUCAAACUACUAAAGCUUUUUUAGAUUUUUGCUUUUGAGCUUCGAUGUGGCUUUAUUUAAUCUGUAUGACAAUGUGUUGGGGCCACUGCUAAGAAAUAAAGAUAUUGGACUUUUAAGAAUCAAUUAUAAAAUAAGUGGUAUACUUUUAAGAAAAAAAGAGUAAUAUUAUUAUAGAAGUUGUAUUUUCAUAAUAUUUCUACAAAAUAACAACGUUAUCUGUUCUUAAGUUUUUUCCUAUGAUGUUUUUUAAUUUGUUCUCCAAAAAUGUACAAUUAACUCAUAGAAUUAUGGCUUAAUUUAUGUAACCGUUUUUUCUCAAAAUGUAUAAAUAUUCUAGCCGUGGCCCUGAUGUUCUGUUUUAAAUACACUAGAGAACGUUUAUUGCGGACAUUGAAAGACAUUAUGACUGUACAGCACACUUUUUGUACAUAAAUAUAUUCUAUGGAUUUAUUGACGCACAGUUGCCUAAAUAUCUUAAUAGCCAUUUAAGAAGACUUUGGAAGUUACGUAACUUUUAUCAGAUAAUAAAACUGGACAUAGUGAAGCUAAAGCCAGAAAAUAAAAUCAAGCAUGUGGAUGAAACAGCUGGGCUUUCUGAGCUUAUGUAUCUGUUUUAUGUAAAGAUGAAUGAAGGGGGAUUAUGAUCUGUUGCACUUUUUAAUACAAACUGCCAAAGAUAGUGCGCAUUCAGAAAGUACACAACUCACCAUAGGAAUGGAAGUCUUGUUUAUAACACACAGAGGGUCUUCAUUUACUCUUGUACUAAAGCGUUGCCCAGCUCUAUAUUGCAUAACAGUUGAGGCGAAAUAUGUAUUUGUAAUAUUUUAUGAGAAAUAAAUGUUUCAUGUGAUGGAACGAUGCUUGUCGCAGCCUGUCGAUAGAAAGAGAAUGCUUUACAAUGAAAUAUCUUUCUAUAUGUUAUUUUUUAAUAUUGUCUGUAAUGAAGCACUAUGACAAAGUGG